UGAGAGAAGCACCGCUUUAGGGUGCGCAUCGGAAACUCUUACACCAUAGAAGAAAAUCAAAGAGAGCAUGUUCGUCAAUGGCGAUUAACCUUUCAAUCUCAGUAACUCAACCUCCAAAUGAAUGGCCAGAGUCUCCACGCGCCACCUUUUUCCCUUUCGUAACACCCUUUUUUCACGCUCCAUCACCAACACUCCUCCUUCUCCUUCUUCUUCUUCUUCACCAUCUUCACAAGAGAACAAAACAACACUCUCAUUCCUCACCCACCUUCAUUUUCAAUCACUUCUUCAAACCGUUUAUUGCCAAACCACUCGCCACCUUCUUCAAAUCCAAGCACUUCUCAUUACUUCAAGCUUUUACCGCAACCCCUUCUUAGUACGCACCCUUUUAAGACGCGCUUCUAAUCUAUGCGACGUUGCUUUCACUUUUCUAAUUUUUCAGCAUUUCAAUAACCCUUUGGAUACUUUCUGUGUUAACACUGUUAUUAACUCUUAUUGUAAUAGCUAUGUUCCGAAUAAAGCUAUUGUUUUUUACUUUCAAUCUUUGAAGAUUCGGUUUUUUCCUAAUAGUUACACUUUUGUGCCGCUUAUUGGUUCUUGUUCUAACAUGGGUUGCGUUGAUAGUGGUAGAAUGUGUCAUGCUCAGGCUGUGAAAAAUGGGGUUGAUUUUGUUUUGCCGGUGCAGAACUCUUUGGUUCAUAUGUAUGCUUCUUGUGGGGAUGUUUGUGUUGCUAGGGUGAUGUUUGAUGCAAUGAUGGAUCGGGAUUCGGUUUCAUGGAAUUCAAUGAUUGAUGGGUAUGUCAAAGUUGGUGACUUGAAUGCUGCACACCAAUUGUUUGAUGUAAUGCCUGAGAGAAAUUUGGUUACUUGGAAUUGUAUGAUAAGUGGAUUUUUGAAGGGGAGGAACCCUGGUUAUGGAUUGAAGUUGUUUAGGGAAAUGGGAAGGUUGGGAUUGAGAGGUAAUGUUAGGACUAUGGUAUCCGUGGUCACGGCUUGUGGUCGGUCGGGUAGACUUAAAGAAGGGAAAUCAGUUCAUGGGAGUAUAAUCAGAUUGUUUGCGAGGUCAAACUUGAUUCUUGACACUGCUUUGAUAGAUAUGUAUUGUAAAUGUCGGAGGGUUGAGGUGGCAAGUAAAGUUUUUGAGAGGAUGGGUAAUAGGAAUUUGGUUUCGUGGAAUGCAAUGAUUUUGGGGCAUUGCAUCCGGGGGAGUCCCGAGGAUGGACUGAGUCUGUUUGAUUUAAUGGUUGGGAUGGUGAGGGUGAAAGGUGAAGUUGAGAUUGAUGAAAGUCCAAGUGCAGAUAGCGGUUUGGUGAGGUUUCUCCCUGAUGAAAUAACAUUCAUUGGUGUUCUUUGUGCCUGUGCUCGGGCAGAACUGUUGAGUGAGGGCAGGUCUUACUUCAAGCAAAUGAUCGAUGUGUUUGGUUUGAAGCCCAAUUUCGCUCAUUUUUGGUGCAUGGCGAAUCUUCUUGCAAAUGCAGGCCUUGUUGACGAGGCAGAAGAGUGUCUGAAGAACAUGGCAAAAUUUGAUGGGGAUAUGUCACAGGAGUCUUUGUUAUGGGCAAGUUUGCUUGGCAUGUGUCGGUUCAAGAGAGAUGUGUUUUUAGGGGAACAGAUUGCUAAACUUCUCGUUGACGUGGAUCCUAAGAACCUAGCCUGUUACCAGUUUCUGCUGAUUAUUUAUGCAGUAGCUGCUCAAUGGGAGAAUGUUUCUAGAGUGCAAAAACUGAUGAAGGAAAGAAAAUUAGGGAUAAUACCUGGAACCAGUCUUGUGGACUUGAAAUAUAUUGUUCACAAUUUCAAAGUCUCAAACAAACGGCAUGAAGGAAUUGAAGCAGUAAACAUGGUGAUGAAUGAACUAUCUCAUAAAUUUAGCUUGCCAUUUGCUGAUUCAGGUCAGAAAGAAUCGCAAAGACCGGGUUGACAGAUAAAGCAAACCCUUAGCCUUAGAAUUCGACAUUUUUUUUAAUAAUUGCCUUGAUUUUUACUGGUCAAAACAACCAUUGAACAACCUUGGAGGAUCUGAGAUUUAUAUAGGUGCAAGUUCCUCGUGGGACAUGCAUACGGAUUCUUACAUAAUAUUCCAAUUUUGUCUUGAGGUGUUUAAUUGACAAUGAAGCUUUUUAUAGUUUGAAUGCAGUUUAGCAUCACUGAUGCUAAACCUACUUUCUAUUCUUUCA